ACAAAAUAUGUACAUAAUACACAGGCUUGUCACAGCUAUGGCAGACUGGCACAAGAAACGCUCGAUCUCCACUGUCGUGUGUGUGGAGGAAGAGCCAAGAGAGCCAGAUCUGGAAGGGCCACUCGACAGUACACCUGCCUCUCACAGAAGGAAGGUCUCCAGUCAGUGUUUGGCAUCUCUGUGGAGGAAGAUGACCGUAGCACACAUCCAACAUUUAUGUGUCGCUCAUGCUACGAUACCAUCAGUAAGCACCGCACACCAUCAGUCAGGCCCUUUCAGUGGAUGGUACAUGAAACAGAGAGCUGCAGUAUGCAACCACUUCAAAACGACAAGGAGAGGUGGGCGG